UUUCUAUGCAGAUAAUAUGCAUCAUUCUUAAAUCAGUCUAUACAUAAUUGAUAAACAAGACAAGUAUAUCCUGUCUAUCUCAAUACCCAUUUCAGGUAAAUAAUCAUAGCAUUCACUGCAAAGCUCAUUUUCCCUUUAGUCAAGUAUAUUUAGUUUAGGUAUGACAGUAUUUCUGGUUCCCUUUUCCUGUUGCGACAUGACCAGAAACAACAAUGACACACACACACACACACACAAACUCAAACAAGAAAAUGUAAUAACUGUAUAAAAUGAAUGCAAGAUCUCAGUUCAUUUAUCCUUGUUAAGAUAACAAAGACUUUGUAUUAUAUUGACACAGUGCCAGAGGAUACCUGACAGACACUCCAAAUCAUGAAUGCAAAAAACAUUAUCUUUGUGUCACUGUUUAAAAACCAAAGCUGUUUUCAUUUAAAUUGUGAGUGCAUUUUGAAUUGAGGAAUGGUUUAUGAUUACAUGGGUUGUGGUUGUAUAUACUGAUCUUCGUUGAAUUUGCAAUUCAAUGAGUUAUUAAGCUAAUACACUCUAUGAGACACAGUGUGUAGUCAUUAUAGUACUGAGGCCUGUCUUGUCUUGAAAGUGUUGCUUACUGGCUCCUGUUCCACAGAAAGUAUGUGGUAAACCUAGAAAAACCUGUUCUGUUUUCAGAAAUGUAUUACCCUCAGAUCAUAUCAGAUGAUAAUAAUAUCUCGUUUGUGCCACACAAAUGUUGCUGUGAUUAUUUUCCCCUUCAAACGUAUAAAAGGAUUAAAGGUGUGAAAGAAAGUGCAUACAUUGUUGAUUAUUAGUAUAUAAAGGGAAAUCCACUCAACUCAAUCUAGCACUCAAUGUCUCACAUAGGUCAUCAGGGCCAUCCUAGGAACCUUGGGUCCCUCUCUUAACGCUUGACUACUUAAAAAGGGAAAAUAAAAUCUCGCGCCACAGAAUAAGACAGAACUAAGUCCAAGACAGCAGUCCCUAAGAUCCUAUUGGUGGAAAGCAUUCAUGGAAACUGCAUUAUGGGGCAGCGCGAUGAAGUCAUUAAGAAGCUUACAGACGUUCUGCCAGAUUAGAUUUUGCUCUCCUAAUCCUACAGAUUACAGUCGCGCAAGCCUGCUGACCGAGUGUGCUUCGUUGUGUUGUACAAUUUCUUUGCAUCGAUAAUUUCUUGUUGCUCCUAACUCACUGGAAUAUGUAGGCUAACAAGGAGUAGCAGGAUUGAGAGGAGGUUAAGGUGAGACUGUGUACAGCUCUAGUUGAUAAGACAAAGCGCUGGUAAAAACUCUUGAUGCAACUGGGAUUCAGUCUAGUUAUGGAUGUUUUUAAAUUGGAUUUAACAACCGUUUAUGUGAAUGUUUGGUUUUCAUAAAAACUACAGACCGUCUCUAAUGGAUGAAGGCACAUCUCAGCUGUAACUAGACCGAGCAACUGCUUCCACACUACAGAACCAACCAGCCAGGCAGGCAGUGUGGGGAGAGAUAGGUGGAGAAGGAUCAUCUCUUUGGGAGGCUUUCACAGAUGGUGUCCCUUGCUCCCUGUAGUGAGAUGGAGACAGAACCCUGCCCUGGAGAGCAAGAGAAGCGGAUGGUGGAGACCAAUGAGCCAGUGUUGAAGAAGGCCUACACAGUCCCUGGUGACAAUGAAAGUCAGGAGGAGAAGGAACUGUCCCAUGGGCCUCAGCAGGAAGACAAGGAACCCCAUGGGGAGGGAGACCCCAGGAUAGGCAGCCAGUGUGGAGGGAAGGAGGGCACUACGUUAAACCCGCUCCCUAUGUCUGAGAUCCCCUGUGUGGAAGAGAGGAAGCUGAAGACCCCCAGUUUUGCAAAGACAGUGCGGUUCAGUGAGACAGAGUCUGUGGAGGACAGAGAGAACUCGGAAGAGGUUCUCUUCCCAGACCAUGAGAUGGUGCAGUGGACCUCCUCCAGCUUUGAGGAGCUGUUCCUGGCUGAGGACUGGGAGAACAUCACAGAUGAUCGGCUGUUGAGGAAGAAGGUGCUGGUGCCUGGCCCCCAGCAAGCUGAGCACCCAUCCUGGGGUCAGGAGGUCACAGUCAAAAUGCAGGGAGUGCUGGAGGACAGGACUGUGGUGGAGAAGGACCCUAAACUGGUGUUCGUGAUCGGAGAGGGAGAUGUAAACCAGGCCCUGGAAGAGUGUGCCAUAGCCAUGCAGCAGGACGAGAUCGCAUUACUGCUGGCAGAUUCACAGUACACCUAUGGACUUCUGGGAAGGGAGACAGAUAUUCCAGCCUGGGCCCCCUUACUCUACCAGCUGCAGCUCCUGGACAUCAGAGAGAAGCCCGACCCUCUGAUUCUCCCCAUUUCGGACCGUAUGCGCAUCGCAAACCAGAAACGAGAGCGUGGGAACUUCCACUUCCAGAGGGAGGAGUACAGCAUGGCUGCCAGGGCUUACUGGAUGGCUCUUGAUGUCCUUACUACACAUACUAGAGAUGGUAGUAGUGAUGUGCUGUUGGAGGGGGAGGAGGAGGAGGUGCAGGACUACCGUGUGAAGUGUCUGAACAACCUGGCAGCGGCUCAGCUGAAAUUGGAGCAGUACGAUGACGCACUACACACCAGCCGGGAUGUUCUGUCCCUUGAUCCACAAAACGUCAAAGCCCUCUUCAGGACAGGGAAGCUUCUGUCAGACAAGAGCGAGUACAAGGAGGCAAUGGAGAUCCUGAAGAAGGCCCUGAAACUGGAGCCGUCCACUAAGGCCAUCCAUGUUGAGUUGUCCAAGCUAGUGAAAAGGCAAUCAGGAGGCAAAGAUACCCAGAAGUGGCAAGCCAAACCUGCCCAGCUCCUCGGAGACAAUAUUGCCCCAUUUCUGACUCCUUCUAAAAAGAAGCCACCUGGAAUUUCAUGGACGUUCCUGCUUGGUGCUCUGGUGGUGGCCUUGGGCAGUUUAGUGACGUCAGUAGUUCUGACUGCAAGAAACUGACGUCCUCUACACAAGUCCAGCUCAUGAAUACUAAACUGAGUUGUCUACUGUGAAUAAAAUAAAGAUUGCACUGAACAAUAAAAAAAAACUGUAUCAAUGUUCACUGACAUAAGGUAGCAGCACUGACAUUUGCACCACAGAUUGUGUUUGAGUGUAACAGAAUAAACGAAUGGCACUUUUAUUUUUUUGAACAAUGAAAACAAAAUAGCUUUGUGUUGUAAUUGUUUAGUACAGUUAUUAGCUGAUAAAUGUCCCCAAAUCCAUAGAAAAACUAAUUCUGGAAUAGUCACAUGGUCAAUGUUCCUCCACAAAAGAUUAAAGAGAGCAGUAUUCUCGUGUUACAGCUUUUAAAUGUAUUGUAUGAAUAAGGUUUUUCUGUAAUAACAGGUUGUGUCCAAAUGAAUAAUCUAUGUCAAUGGAAAAUCAAAUAAAAAAAUUGUAGGCCUACUGUCCGUUGAUACAGAAACAACAUCAAUAAAGCUGCAUACUGUCAUA